GGUAGCACACCCGCACUCUCUGUUAUGGCCUCUAUACUGCAAGUUGAAAUUAGGAAGACUCUGGAAAUGGCUGUGACUUAUUCUAACUAUUGAGAAUUUGAGAUUCUCCCUUCACAAACUUUUACCCACUGGACUGAAUUUGAUUGGAUCUCACAUUCCAACUUCAGGCAAUGAUCGAGAUUGGCUUGCUGAUAAUAGUGUGCCUGCUCAUUUACCACUACUGCACAGCAACAUUCAGGUAUUGGAAGCAACGCAGUGUGCCAUUUGUAGAACCGACUGCUCUAUUCGGCAACUAUUACGACGUAGUCUCAUUGAAAACAUCUCCGGCCGCUUGCCAUGAAUCAAUUUACAGAAACUUUCCCAAUGAGAAAUACGUUGGAAUGUUCCAAUUGAGAACACCAGCACUGCUGAUCCGAUGUCCAGAAAUGGUCAAACAGAUUCUGGUAAAAGACUUCAACCAUUUCAUGGAUCGCGGAUUUCAUGCUGAUGAAGAACGCGAGCCUAUCACCGCACACCUGGUCAACCUUCAGGGCGAAAAAUGGCGAAUGCUGAGGCAGAAGAUUUCACCAGUUUUCACCUCUGGAAAACUAAAAGCCAUGUUUCCACUACUUGAAACAUGCUCAUCACAGUUAUCCAAUUACAUUGAGAGUGCUUUGGGCGAGCAAGACAGCAGCUUACUGGAAAUGCGUGACGUCAUGGCACGUUUCACGACAGACGUGAUCGGAUCGGUGGCCUUCGGACUGCACUUCAACUCUUUCACCGAGAAAGAAUCCGACUUCCAACUGAUGGGGCGACGUGUCCUCGACUCUUCUCAGACGUCUGUUAUCACCAAAGCGAUAAGAGUCUUUUUCCCUCAGCUGUUUCACUUCUUGAGACUCCGCACGUUUCCUGAGGAGAUAGCUACGUUCUUCCAGACGGAAACCAGGUGACAUCUCAAUCAUUACAAACGUAAUAGACAAAGUAACACAAAAUUACAAGCAAAUGACGAACUCAAAAAGACCAAUACAAGGAAGCCAUGACAAAUAUUUUUUUUAAUUUAUAAGAGUGUUAUAGCAGCUCAAGCUUUUGUAUUCUUCAUGGCAGGAUAUGAAACAUCCUCGACAACGUUGAGCUUUUGCUUGUAUGAGUUGGCCAAAAAUCUGGACGUUCAGGAAAAAGCUUGCAAUGAGAUUAAAAAAGUUCUGAACAAGCACGGGAAGCUGAGCCAUGAGGCAUUGAUGGAUUUGGACUAUUUGGAGAUGAUCCUAUUGGAAACGAUGAGGAAAUACCCACCUGUAUCAGUACUGGCAAGAGUUUGUACUAAACCCUACACGAUACCAGGGACAAAAAUAUCAAUAGAUCCAGGGACAUCAGUGGCCAUUCCAGUAUAUUCUUUCCACCAUGAUCAUAAAUACUUCCCAGAUCCUGAAACCUUCGAUCCAGAAAGAUUUUCCAAGGAGAACCAGGAGAAAUCCAUCAAUUACACGUACCUGCCAUUUGGAGAUGGCCCACGAGUUUGUAUAGGUGGGUAAACAUUUUCAAUCCAGCCCAUAUUAG